AUGAGUAUUCUCCCCGACAAUGAUGUAUAUAAGCAUCAACCAGCUCGGAUCGAGGGGGAGCUCCCAAAUCUCGGUGGUGAAGCGCAUGUUCGCCAUCCAGUACCUGCUCGCGAACAAAGCACUCUAGAGUCACUCAGUUCCGCUUUUCGUGGACUUGGGAGCAUGACACGCGCGAGUACCCAGCCUUCGCGCACUACCACAUAUGCGCCGUUCUCUCCCACUAGCCCGACAUUCAGUAACAACCUAAUGCUUUCCGACGACGACGGUGGCCCAGACGAGGCUUUUUACACCAAUAGGCUCUCACUUGACAUGUUAGGAAAUGAACAUAUUAUAUGGAGCGGCUGGGACCGAGUGUGGUGGAACGGUCAGAACACGCCCAGCCGCUUGCUCCUUCUUGGUUAUAGAGGAGGGAUCCAGGUGUGGGAUUGCACUCAUGAACAAGUACGCGAGGUCCUGAACCUGCUCUCGCCGACGAUCGGAGGAGCCGUUAUCGGGGCCGCCAUAAUCCCCACCCCUGUAUCUUCUCAAGAUGACAUCUACUCGGAAGAGCGUCCACUGCUGGGAAUUUUAACAUCCCGUCCCGACGAACUGCUUAUUUAUUCGCUACGAAAUCAUACUGUACUUAAACGACACCAGUUUACUUCGCCGCAAGCAAUCCAGACGAGCGAUCAAUUCAUCGUCAUUUCUACCGUUGCUCCCCCGGCUUUACACAUCCUUAAUUCAGUCACUCUUGAUCACCUGAGUACCAUCUCAGCUCCACAUGUUGCCCUGCCCGUAUUCGCUUUGUCGCGCCGCGUUCCGAGCAAAGUCCAGGCCGACAUUAGCAUGGCAAUUGAGGGUGCCCGUAAGGUGGGAGUAGGCAUGUGGAGUGGAGUCAAGUCAUUGCUGGGAGAGAACAUCCCUCGGUCCCCAUCUGCACAUCCAACUACCCUUCAUUCACCCACACCCAUGUCUCCCCCUCUGAUCGGCUCCCCACGUAUGUACAGCCGUAGUGCGCCCAGCGAAUCAUCCUACUCGACAGGUUCUCCUCUUCCUCGCGUCACCAUCUCAGGGAGCGGGGACUCUCGCCCACCGGUCUCUCAGGGUCACGUGACCGUUGUCGACCUUGAGCCACUUUUGUCCGGCUCACAGUCUCCUCGCAGGAUUGUCCAACAUCACGCGACUCCCGGACAAGGUGUCAGCAUACUAUCGUUCUCAUCCGCUGGUAAUCUCCUCGCUGUUACUGGCGCUGAUGGUAUAUUUGUUCGGAUUUUCGAGGUCAGGCCAAAGGGGCGAUAUUCGAAAGGUGGCCCUCGACUCACAAAGCGCGAUGAGCUUAAUGAAUUGGAAGAACGCGAUACCGGGAGCUUAUGGCAUUGGUACGACCUGCAACGAGGCCUCACCAGACGGCGAGUUACAAAUGUUGUCUGGUCAGCUGACUCCAAGUGGAUCACGGUUGCGACGGUGCGCGGGACAUUACAUAUCUUUGCCAUCAAUCCAUAUGGGGGUGCUCCUUCCGGAGCAUCACACUUACUAGGCUCCGGAAGAAUCGCCAAUAUGACUCAGCUCCCUAAAGCACCUAUUUCGUUGUCCCCGGUCCUACGAAUCCACAUGCCAAGUGGUGUAACAACCUCUGAUACCCAACCACAAGCCAAGGGUGUCCCUGUUACUGUAACAUUUGGCCGUUCUUCCAAGCCUGACAAUGACUCUGCUGUACAGGACAUUUUCAUUCUGAACCGAGCAACUGGGGAACUGAUGCUCAAGCAGUGCAUCGUCCGGAUGCAAUCGGCUUCAGCGAUCGAGCGCAGUAUGCAAGCUAGCAUCUCAUUGCCAAAUGCAUUAUCUAAUAGUGUUGCCGGCACUGGAGUCUCAGCACUGUCAAGCAUGAUGCGUGGAGGGGUCGGAGCGGUACUGGGGGAGCGAGGGGCCGAUGACUUGGUCUUGGGUGGUGUGGAGGGACCAGCCAAGACGUGGGGGAUAGUGAAAAGGGAGCGGGAAUGGGGAGAAAUCAGGAAGGCUUUAGAGCCCACCAAAGUAGACGGUAUAACAGGCAAGAAGACAAAGUCAUCCGGAUCCGAGUGGCUUGCACAGGCCGAACUUUCAACCUGUACCCGUUCCUCUAAACUACUUUCGGGACCUAUCUACCUAUCUCACCAAUUCGCCUUCUACGGUCUUAUUGUCGAUUGGCAAGCUUUACUUCAACAACAUCAUUUCAAUAUACCUUCGACUAAGAUAAACGUCCGGCGCGAAGUCUCGGUUAGGCCAAUUGCUGAAUCGGGUUCCGAAGGUGCAUUCCUUGGUUCAGGUACCGACGACAUAUUCGGGACGAGUUCGUCUUUGGACGCGCCUCUUGCCUCGGCCUUGAAGGGCUCGCUCUCUCCUACUUCAGCCUCCCAGGCACCGAUUCCGAGCUUCCCCAAUGCCUACUCUGGUGGCAAGAGUGCGACAUGGAACGACCCUGUACGCCGGUUAUCCCGUCUAUCCGACGGCCUCGGACAAGGUCUCGGUUCCUUAAAGCGCGAGAUUGGCAAAGUCAGGCCGUCCUCUGGCUCAGGCGAGCGUCGACAGCGGCCUCCCAAGUCACCAGCUUCGCCUGAGGACAGCACCCCUGGGACGAAGCUCGAGUUUGACGACGAUGCCUUGUUCGAAGCCGACGAAGACUUGCCACCUGGUAAUAUUGAGGAACCAACAGACGGCGCAAAUUUGCGUCCAUCGCGUGAGGACGACGCAUCUCGAUCUGCCGAGUCAGGUUCCGGAUCAGUACCUUCCACUGUGCCUGAUAUGACCAUGCUCGCGAGCCCUGAUGUCACCGGUGACUGGCCAGGUGAUGGCGAUAGUUUCCGUGGCGAGGAGGAAGACUACAUCCAAGCUCGCGAGGAGGACAACAGAUUCGAUGAUCUUGUCGUUGGCCUUAUGGACGAGGAGCAGGAAGAACGCAGGAUGAUUAUGGAAAGCGCUACUUCCAAGAAGAAGAAGCAGAGGAAGAAGCGUUGA